GACUUUCUGACACACUACGAAAUUAGGUUGCGCGUGUACUUGUCGCACUCAAACCUUUUUUCUUGUCAACAUGCCAACGCCGAUUCGCACCAUUCUGCUUGAUAUUGAAGGUACCGUUGGAAGUAUAUCGUUUGUAAAGAACGUUUUGUUUCCGCUUGCAAAACAACAGUAUGCAGAAUACGUCCAUAAACACAUGGAUGACGCCUCUGUUCGUGUAUUUGGAAACAGUUUAGACGAAAUAGUCGACAAGCUCAAUACUCUCCACGACUCGGGAAGCAAGGACCAGGCCUUUAAAGCACUUCAAGGCUCCAUAUGGAAGGAUGCGUACGAGAAUGGAAAAGUGGUUGCUCAUCUGUUUCCUGACGUCGUUCCCUUACUCAAGCGUGCUGCUGACAAAGGCGUUCGUGUGUGCAUUUACUCAAGCGGUAGCGUUCCCGCUCAAAAACUUUACUUUCAUUACUCAGAGUACGGCGACCUGUCCAAUUACAUUUCUGAAUACUAUGACACUAGCAUUGGUCCCAAGGUCGAAGCAGACAGUUACAAGCGCAUUGUCGGUUCCGAUGAUCCUGCCACAUGGCUUUUCCUCAGCGACAAUGUCCACGAAUUGGACGCUGCUCGCCAAAGCGGCCUGAAAGUCGGUCUUGCUGUUCGUCCCGGAAACGAACCUGUCUCCUCUAGCGGCUAUUCUGAGUACGGCUCCUUUGACUCGUUGCUUUAAAGCGGGGAGUUCCUGGGGGUCAUUUUCAGGCUCGUGAUGAAUUCGCCCGAUGCACGGCAUAAGGUAUCAGGUUUUUGCGAUAUCGUAAACAAUGCUUCCGUGUAUUACGUUUCGUUUCCUCACGCUCUUCCGUCUCUUCAGACCAAUUGGUGUUUCUCAAGGUGCUUUUGUUCCUGAACCAUCGGCAUUCCUCCUGCAUCCACCCCUUUCAACAUCCUUCCAUAUCGGUAUAUCUCGCUACACAUCUUUCGUACUCACUAUCCCGUUUUGCGCUGUGUACCGCAGCACAAGCCAGCUCGGCCCGAGAGAUGUCAAGCAUUUCUCCCAUUUUGCUCGGAAGA